GGAGACGGGCUGACUGGGAGCUGGGCGAGAAAGGAACUAUCUUUAGAGUUCCUUUCUAUGCGGCGACUUCGCCCGACCUUCCCCCAACCACGAGUAGGGCAGAGCUGGGAGUUGAGUCCGUCCUGUCACUGGCCGCCGUUGACCCCGCGGCUCCAACAUGGAGCUCCCGGGGAUGCCAAACGUCCGGCGGGUUUGGAAAGGCUCUUGCGUCACGCGGCCUGCGCCUUGCGCCGUGUGCCCCGGGUGACGCAGAGGCGCUGGAGAGGCUUUCCGUCCCGCGUGUCUACCUGACCAGGCGGAGGCGUCGGAGGCCGGGAGCCGCUAGGCUGUGCUCCUGCCCCUAACUGGCACCUGCAGAAGCCCCUAUCCUCCAGCCUCUCUGCGACCAGCCGAGGCCACCUCUUGUUCCUGGAGGAAAGAAACGCGUUCUCUUUGUGCUGCAUUCUAUAUGUUCUCUGCAGUGAGCCCCAAAUAGGCAGGGUGGUGAAGAGCUCAGGUUGCAAUUGGCUAAAAGUUGAGGUUAUUGUGCCCUCGCUAUGAAGUUGAAGCUUUUCCUGGAUGGGAUGGGUGGCCAGCAUCGAAACGUUCAACCUUUUAGUGAUGAAGAUGCAUCAAUUGAAACAAUGAGCCAUUGCAGUGGUUAUAGCGAUCCUUCCAGUUUUGCUGAAGAUGGACCAGAAGUCCUUGAUGAGGAAGGAACUCAGGAAGACCUAGAAUAUAAGUUGAAAGGAUUAAUUGACCUAACCCUGGAUAAGAGUGCGAAGACAAGGCAAGCAGCUCUUGAAGGUAUUAAAAAUGCGCUGGCUUCAAAAAUGCUGUAUGAAUUUAUUCUGGAAAGAAGAAUGACUUUAACUGACAGUAUUGAACGCUGCCUGAGAAAAGGUAAGAGUGAUGAGCAACGUGCAGCCGCAGCAUUAGCAUCUGUUCUCUGUAUUCAGCUGGGCCCUGGAAUUGAAAGCGAAGAGAUUUUGAAAACUCUUGGACCAAUCCUAAAGAAAAUCAUUUGCGAUGGGGCAGCUAGUAUCCAGGUUAGGCAAACUUGUGCAACUUGCUUUGGUGUUUGCAGUUUUAUUGCCACAGAUGACAUUACUGAACUGUACUCAACUCUGGAAUGUUUGGAAAAUAUCUUCACUAAGUCCUAUCUCAAAGAGAAAGACACCACUGUUAUUUGCAGCACCCCUAAUACAGUGCUUCAUAUCAGCUCGCUUCUUGCAUGGACACUACUGCUGACCAUAUGCCCAAUCAAUGAAGUGAAGAAAAAGCUUGAGAUGCAUUUCCAUAAGCUUCCAAGCCUCCUCUCUUGUGAUGAUGUAAACAUGAGAAUAGCUGCUGGUGAAUCUUUGGCACUUCUGUUUGAAUUGGCCAGAGGAAUAGAGAGUGACUUUUUUUAUGAAGACAUGGAGUCUUUGACGCAAAUGCUUAGGGCCUUGGCAACAGAUGGAAAUAAGCACCGGGCCAAAGUGGACAAGAGAAAGCAGCGGUCAGUUUUCAGAGAUGUCCUGAGGGCAGUGGAGGAACGGGAUUUUCCAACAGAAACCGUUAAAUUUGGUCCUGAACGCAUGUAUAUUGAUUGCUGGGUAAAAAAACACACCUAUGACACCUUUAAGGAGGUUCUUGGAUCAGGGAUGCAGUACCACCUGCAGUCAAAUGAAUUCCUUCGAAAUGUAUUUGAACUUGGACCCCCAGUGAUGCUUGAUGCUGCAACACUUAAAACGAUGAAGAUUUCUCGUUUUGAAAGGCAUUUAUAUAACUCUGCAGCCUUCAAAGCUCGAACCAAAGCUAGAAGCAAAUGUCGAGAUAAGAGAGCAGAUGUUGGAGAAUUCUUCUAGAUUUUCAGAACUUGAAGACUAUUUUCUAAUUUCUAUUUUUUUUCCUAUUUCAAUGUAUUUAAACUCUAAAGACAGUUUUUAUCUUGGAUUAACAUAGAUAACUUUUGUAGUAAGGGUUACAUUGCUUAUAAUUUAAUGUACAGUGUUCAAACUGGUGAGUUCUGAUUAUUAUUCUCUGUAAAUCAGUAAACAUGUAUAAAGUGUUUGUAAUGUUUUGUCAUAUUUUAUUUAUGAAGACAUCAAAAAAAACUUUGAUUUCAUGAUGGGAAAAACUAUUAGCCAAAGUUUAAUUUCUUACACUGUGGUUGUCAAAAAUACUGAUUUACUGUAAUGAUAUAUAUUUAACUUACUGUCUUAGACAAGAGUUCUAGGUACAAUUUUGGGAUCUAGUUCCUCUGGAAACGCUGCUGUAUUUUUAAUUUUGAAUGGAAUGUAGCUUUUAAAAUUUUGUCACUGGCAUCAACAAAAGGAAUUAUACCAUGAGACCUUACAGCCGUGCUUAAAAGCCGCACAGUUGAGCUAUUGGGAGUUCAUAAUGAGUUAGCAUAUGCCAGAAAGGUUGCUAAUCUUAACCUCUGAGAGCAGUAACAUUGAUUUUAUCUGCUGUAUGAGACUUUACAUUUUACUUUGAAAUAAAGUUUUUUUUUCACAUGGAAA